UCACACCGGUCCCGGCCGGAGAUUUCCCACUGGCACCGGUGGUCUCUGAGGAACAAUGAAAGGGGAGAGCACCAACAUCAUGCUUUGUAUUGCUCUGCAUAGCAGACUAAUACAAAGCAGCAUGUUUCCCUAGUAAAACAUGCACAGUACACACAGUAAAACAGCACACAGUUAACCCUUUAAACACCCCAGAUGUUAACCACUUCCUGCCCAGUGUCAUUAGUACAGUGCCAGUGCCUUUUAUUAGCACUGAUCACUGUAUUAGUGUCAUUGGGAUGUCAGUGGCAGUCAGUUCCUCCCCCAGUGUCAGAAUGCCCGCCGCAGUCCCACUAU